AUGGCGCUCAACUCCAUGGGCAGCAACGCCCAGUUCGCCCAGGCGUCUCUACCUUCGUUACCCGCACAUUUGCAGUCCGACACGCAUUUGACAGCCCACCUGGCAAGCCGCUUCCACGCACACUACCCGACUGCCCAGCUCUCGUCCCAUGGCAUCAUCUCGUUGAACACCUACUCGUCCUCCGCCCGUGGUCCCGAUGGCGGCAAGGAGGGCAGUGCCAUGGAUGCCACCCAGGACCUGGCAAAGCGGGCCUGGGCCAGGCUGGGACACCGGAGCGAGAACCAGGCAGUUGUAUUUCUUGGUGAAUCUGGCUCCGGAAAGACGACGCUCCGAUGCCACCUCCUCUCUGCGCUUCUCUCCUACUCCUCCACGCCUCUCUCCGCGAAAUUGUCAUAUGCCUCUUUCGUCUUCGAUACCCUCACGAGCACCAAAUCGCUUACCACUCCGAUCGCGUCGAAGGCCGGUCUUUUCCUUGAGCUGCAAUACGACACAACUUCCUCAACGCACCCCACCCUGAUCGGUGGUAAGAUCCUUGACCACCGGCUUGAGCGGAGUAGAAUCGCAUCCGUUCCCACCGGAGAGCGGAGCUUUCACGUUCUCUAUUACCUGCUUGCGGGCACCAGUGCGGCAGAAAAGGAGCACCUGGGCCUGAAUGUUGGCAUAGGUGAAGCAGGGAGCAGGAUCUCCACAGGUGGUACAAAGCGAUGGCGUUAUCUUGGCCAUCCCACCCAGAUGAAGGUCGGCGUGAACGAUACCGAUGGAUUCCAGCAGUUCAAGAACGCCCUGAGGAAGCUUGAAUUCCCCCGCAGUGACAUUGCCGAGAUUUGCCAGGUUCUCGCUGCUAUCCUGCACAUCGGAGAGCUUGACUUUGUCACUGGCAAGUCUACUACCCCUACGGGUGAUGAUAGCGGUGGCUACUCCCACGAGGGUGGUGAAGAUGUCACCAUCGUGAAGAACAAGGGAGCCCUCCAGAUCGUCGCUGCAUUCCUGGGUGUCUCCCAGGAGGACUUGGAAGUCAGCCUCGGCUACAAGUCUAAGACCCUUCACCGCGAACGCGUAACGGUGAUGUUGGAUCCCAAGGGUGCUCGUCAGAACGCUGACGAACUUGCCCGGACCCUGUACUCGCUGCUUGUCGCGUAUGUGAUGGAAACCAUCAACCAGAGGAUCUGCGCGCUGGAGGAUUCGGUUGCGAACACGAUUUCCAUUGUUGAUUUCCCCGGUUUCCAACAGGUUUCAUCCACAGGAUCAGUUCUCGAUCAGUUGCUUAACAACACUGCGUCGGAAUGUUUUUACAACUACGCGUUGCAAAACUUCUUCGAGAAGCAGGAGGAGUUCCUCUCGGCUGAGGAGGUCAGCAUUCCUCAGACCAGCUACUUUGACAACUCCGAUGCGGUGAAGGGUCUGCUUAAGCCUGGUGUCGGUCUUCUUAGCAUCCUCGACGACCAAAUGAGACGCGGAAAGACCGACUCGCAGUUCCUCGACGCCCUGAGAAAGCGCUUCAACAACAAAAACCCCGCCAUUCUCCCCGGUAGCACGACGACGAUCAUGCCGGGCAGCAACUUUGCGACCCACAAUGCUUCGGCGUCGUUCACCAUCAAGCACUUCGCCGGUGAAGUCGACUAUCCUGUUGAAGGUCUGCUUGAGGAGAACGGCGACAUCAUUUCUGGUGACCUUCUCAACCUUAUCAACAACACCCGGAGCGACUUUGUUCGUGAGCUCUUCCAUCAGGAUGCUCUUAAUACCGUCGUGCACCCGAAAGAAAGGACUGCCGUUGUCCAAGCAUCUGUCAGCUCCAAGCCGACUCGUAUGCCCAGUAUGGCAAAGAGGAAGGGUGAUCGCCCCGCCCGUUUCGGAUCGGUCCGCCGGCCUGCUGAGGAGUCAGAUGAUGAUGCUCGCAGUGAAGUUUCUCGGUCGAAUAAGCGUAAGGCCGCCGCCGGAAAGCAAGCUGGUGCAGCUGGACAGUUUUUGGUGUCUCUUGAGAAUAUCACGAAGUCCAUUGCUGUUUCGGAUACAAACCCUUAUUUCGUGUUCUGCUUGAAGCCCAACGACCGGAGAAUCGCGAACCAGUUCGACAGCAAAUGCGUCAGGUCUCAAAUCCAAACUCUUGGUAUUGCUGAGAUCAGCCAGCGUCUUCGCAACGCUGAUUUCAGCAUUUUCCUUCCCUUCAGCGAGUUCCUUGGUCUCGCUGAAGCCGACACGGUCAUUGUCGCAAGUGAACGGGAAAGAGCUGAGAUGAUACUGGAUGAAAAGGGAUGGGCAUCUAACGAAGCGCGGGUCGGCGCCACAGGAGUCUUCAUCAGUGAACGCUGCUGGAUAGACAUUGCGAACAUUCCUGACGUUAUGCCUGCUGGCGGUAGCCGCUAUAUGGGUGGAGACAUGGAUGGAGGAAGUGGGGAUGGCCUCCUUACGCCUGCCGACGCAACAAGAGGCUACGGCGAUUCUCGGGUUAACCUUAUGGGUACUCCGUCUCCCGGUCAACUGUACAGUGAUGACAAGGCAAGCUACUUCGGCAGCCGCGAGCUUGAUGCGCGUUCGGAAGCUGGAGCAUCAGCAAUCAAUGGCGGCGAUAUGUUCCGCAACCUCGAGACGCGCGAGCAAAUGGCCGAGAAGGGCAACGAAGUCAAGAUGGAAGAGGUCGAGACGCACAAAGUGUCUGGAAGCCGCAAGAGGUGGAUGUUCUUCGUCAAGUGCCUUACUUGGUGGACGCCCGAUUGGGCGAUCCGCAAGAUUGGCAGAAUGCCUCGCCAAGAUGUGCGCGUGGCCUGGAGGGAAAAGCUCGCCAUCAACAUGCUCAUCUGGCUGUUGUGCGCCAUGGUCAUUUUCUUCAUGAUCGGUUUCCCAGCGCUUAUCUGCCCUACCCAACACGUCUACACGGAAGCGGAGCUCACAUCCUACAACGGAAAGAACGGCAAGGGUUCGUACAUUGCUAUUCGUGGCGUUGUCUACGACCUCGGCGCUUUCAUGCCUAUUCACUACCCUAAGAUCGUUGCGACUACGCAGUUGAAGAAGUACGCUGGCAAGGAUGCGACGAACAUCUUCCCGGUCCAAGUCUCUGCUCUUUGUAACGGAAAGGACGGGUCUAUCCACCCGGCGGUUCAACUUGACUACAAGCGAAACAACUACUCGGACUCCGACUCCACGGUCAGCACUAUGGACAAAAAUGCCAGGUACCACGAUUUCAGGUGGGCUACCAACGAUAGCCGACCGGAUUGGUGGUGGGAACAGCAAACUUACCUGAAGGCCAACUACAUGAAAGGUCGUGUCGGCUACAGCGCUCAGUACGUCAAGACUCUUGCGAAGAAGCAAAACUCUAUCGCUAUCUUGAACAACAAGGUCUACGACUUCACAUCUUAUCUCGUCGGUGGCCGUGAUCCACAGUUCCCAUGGUGGUACAACGGCACAAAGACUGGUAUCGACGCAGACUUCAUGGACGACAACCUUGUCACCCUGUUCCAGACUAGAGCCGGUCAGGAUAUCUCGAAGUACUGGGAUGCCCUGAACUACAACACUUCCAUGCGGAACAACAUGCAGGGCUGUCUCGACUACCUCUUCUACGUCGGUGAUGUCGACACCCGUAACUCCACCAGGUGUGUCUUUGCCAAAUGGCUUCUCCUCGGCAUUUCGAUCCUUCUCGUUUCCGUCAUCGGUUUCAAGUUCUUGGCUGCGCUUCAAUUCACAAGGAAGACCAUGCCGGAAAAUCUGGACAAGUUCGUUAUUUGCACUGUUCCAGUGUAUACCGAAGAUGAGGAUUCUCUGCGCCGUGCCAUCGAUUCUGCAGCCCGUAUGAAGUACGACGACAAGCGCAAGCUCCUCUUCAUUGUCUGUGACGGUAUGAUUAUCGGACAAGGUAACGACAGACCCACGCCCAGGAUCGUCCUUGACAUUUUGGGCGUUUCUGAGGCAGUCGAUCCUGAGCCCUUGAGCUUUGAAAGCUUGGGAGAAGGCAUGAAGCAACACAACAUGGGCAAGAUCUACUCCGGUUUGUACGAGGUGCAGGGCCACAUCGUUCCGUUCAUUGUGGUUGUCAAGGUCGGCAAGCCGUCCGAGGUCCAGAAGCCUGGUAACCGUGGUAAGCGUGACUCCCAGAUGGUUCUCAUGCGCUUCCUCAACCGCGUCCACUACAACUUGCCGAUGACGCCCAUGGAACUCGAAAUGCACCAUCAGAUACGGAACAUCAUUGGAGUCAAUCCGACGUUCUAUGAGUUCUUGCUGCAAAUCGAUGCCGAUACCGUCGUCGCUCAGGAUGCCGCCACUCGCUUUGUUGCAGCGUUCCUUCACGACACACGCCUGAUCGCUGUCUGUGGUGAAACGGCACUCAGCAACGCGAAGUCUUCAUUUGUUACCAUGAUGCAGGUGUACGAAUACUACAUCUCCCACAACCUUACGAAGGCCUUCGAAUCUCUCUUCGGUUCCGUCACUUGCUUGCCAGGUUGUUUCUCGAUGUACCGAAUCCGUGCCGCCGAAAGCGGAAAGCCUCUCUUCGUCAGCAAGGAAGUUGUCGACAACUACGCCGUCAACCGUGUCGAUACGCUCCACAUGAAGAACCUGCUGCACCUCGGUGAAGACAGAUAUUUGACCACCCUCCUGCUCAAGUACCACGCCAUGUACAAGACCAAGUACAUUAUGCGUGCUCAUGCGUGGACCAUUGCUCCGGAUAGCUUCAAGGUCUUCAUGUCUCAACGUCGUCGCUGGAUCAACUCUACCGUGCACAACCUUAUGGAGCUUAUCCCGCUGCAACAGCUGUGCGGUUUCUGCUGUUUCAGUAUGAGGUUCGUCGUUUUCCUGGAUCUGCUCUCGACGGUUGUCCAGCCUGUUAUCGUCGGCUACCUUGUCUACAUGAUCGUUCUCCUGGCCACUCACCCCGAUACCGUUCCGAUCAUGACGUUCAUUCUGCUUGGCGCCAUCUACGGUCUUCAGGCUAUUAUUUUCAUUGUGCGCCGCAAGUGGGAGAUGAUUGGUUGGAUGAUCAUCUACAUCUUGGCCACUCCUAUCUUCUCGCUUGGUCUGCCGCUGUAUGCUUUCUGGCAUAUGGAUGACUUCUCCUGGGGUAACACUCGUGUCGUUACUGGUGAGAAGGGUCAGAAGAUUGUCGUCUCGGACGAGGGCAAGUUCGACCCGAACAGCAUCCCGAAGAAGAAGUGGGAAGAGUACCAAGCCGAGCUCUGGGAGGCCCAGACGCAACGCGACGAUCGCUCCGAAAUCUCCGGCAUGUCCUACGGAACCAAGGCCUACUGGGGUGGCAAUGGUGGCUCUGGCUCCGAAUACGGCUACCCGCCUUCGCGUCCUAUGUCUCACCUGGAACCUCCGCGCUUUGGAAACAGUUCUCGUCUCUCGCUUGCGCAGUCGAACUACGGUUAUGGUGACGGCAUGGAGAUGUCUGACAUGCACGGUCCCCUGCCGAACGAAGAUGCCUUGCUCGCGGAGAUUAGGAACAUCUUGGCCACGGCAGAUCUAAUGACGGUCACCAAGAAGAGUAUCAAGAACGAGCUUGAGCGCAGGUUUGGUGUCAACCUGGAUCCGAAGAGGCACUUCAUUAGCAGUGCAACGGAGGCUAUUCUGAGUGGCCAGAUGUAA